GCCAUCUAUACAUCAUCAUUAUCAGCAUUAUUAUUACUUCUGUUUCACCGGUUUCUCAACCCAUCCAGUAAAGAAAUAUCUGUCUUAGAUAUGUCGUCCAACGGUACCACAACGAGGAAGAUUGUCUGCUUCUCAGACUUCGAUGGAACGAUAUUCAUGCAAGACACAGGCCAUGUCCUCUUCGAUAACCUAGGAUGUGGCGCCAAGCGCCGCCAGAAGCUCGACGAGCAAAUCAAAUCCGGCGAGCGCUCGUUCCGCGAAGUCUCCGAGGAAAUGUGGGGUUCGCUACGGAUCCCCUUCGAGGACGGCUUCGAUGUGAUGCAGGAGGAACUGGAUAUUGAUCCUGGGUUCCAGGAAUUUCACAAGUUCUGUAUCGAAAAGGGGAUUGAGUUCAAUGUUAUCAGUGCUGGGUUGAAGCCUGUUUUGCAGAAAGUGCUGGACACUUUCCUGGGAGAGCAAGAGGCUUCGCGCAUUCAGAUUGUCGCCAAUGAUGCAGAAAUCAAGUCCGACGGGUCGGAGUGGAAGCCGAUCUGGAGGCAUGAAACAGAGCUUGGUCACGACAAGGCGCUGUCUAUCAAAGAGGGUCGUGCGCAAGCAGCAGAAGAUGCUUUGGAAGGAGAGAUCCCUCUUAUCAUCUUCAUUGGUGACGGCGUGUCCGACCUCCCGGCUGCUCGCGAAGCAGAUGUUCUCUUUGCGCGCAAGGGCCUGCGGUUGGAAGAAUACUGCAUUGAGAACAAGAUCCCCUACAUUGGUUUCGACUCAUUUUCCGACGUCAAGCGGGAAGUAGAAGCGAUCAUGAAGGAGGAUCAGGAGAAGACCAAGGGUGUGGGCAAGCCUGCCCGAUUCAACCCCCGGGCUAACAUGUGGCGGCGGAUUUCUAGCAGGCAGGCUGUUCCGAAGUUUGUUGCUGCCACACCAUCCAACGAAGAGAAGAUGUUCCUCUGGCCAGAGAGCUUCUCCGAAUACCGACCCAAGAAUGCGGAUGAUAUCCGAGUCUGAGAGCCGGUCUCAGUUAAUGUGUGGAUGAUUCAUUUUCAGGCGUUUGGUGGAGAGAACUGGGUACAUAGAUCCUAGAUGUGUCCAACUGAAUCUUAUAAUCAUUUUUGUCAGGUUUUCGCGUUAUAUUGGAUAAGAUUGAGAAUUGGGACGGCGUUAGGUUGGAUGACACACCAUGUGAGCUUGCAUUUGAGUGCUUGGUGUUAAUUAGUGGAAUGGGAUAGUGACCAUUGCAUGAUAUUGAGAUCCCGAAAAGGAAACUGAUGCGAAACACUCAUCGGCAAGCCAUGUGGCAUCCAGGGCUAAGCAAUUGC